AUGGCUCCUUAUGCUCUCCCUUUGUGGCUUGUUUUCUUAGUCCUGUCUCUAUUCUUCGUCUUCAAAAAGAAGGAAGACAAAAGACGAGAUAAGCAGCUCCCGCCAAGCCCUCCCAAGUUUCCAAUUUUAGGCAACCUGCACCAACUUGGUGAAUUGCUUCACCAAUCUUACUGUCAACUCUCCAAGAAAUAUGGCCCUGUCAUGCUUCUCAAAUUUGGUUGUAAACCAAUUGUUGUAGUCUCCUCUGCUGAGGCAGCAAAAGAGGUCUUAAAAGAUCAUGAUCUUGCCUGUUGCAGCAGACCUCAAUUAUCUGGCGCUGGCAGACUCUCCUACAAUUAUUCAGAUGUAGCCUUUGCACCAUACGGUGAUUACUGGAGAAACAUGAAAAAACUAAUUAUUCUUGAGCUCUUUAGCUUGAAAAGGGUGAAGUCUUUUCAGUCCCUAAGGGAAGGAGAAAUUGAAUUGUUCAUCAAUUCAAUCUCCGAAUCAGCAGCUUCUGCUACUCCUGUUAAUCUUACUGAAAAGUUGUUCACCCUUACUGCAAAUAUCACCUUCAAAAUGUCUUUUGGAUUUGAUUAUCGUGGUACCAACUUUGACAGGAAUAGAUUUCAUGAAGUGGUUCAUGAUGCUGAAGCUGUGGCUGGAAGUUUCUCCAUGGGUGAAUUAAUCCCAUAUGUUGGCUGGAUCAUUGAUUGGAUAACUGCUCAUCAUGCCAGGACUGAAAGAGUUUUCCAUGAGUUAGAUACUUUCUUCCAAUGUGUAUUCAAUGAUCAUCUUAAGCCUGAUAGGAAAAAGGAGAAGGAUGACAUGAUUGAUGUGCUGUUAGGAAUAGAGAAGGAACAAACUGAACUUGGAAAUGUUAAGUUCACAAAUAAUAACAUUAAGGGAGUCCUCCUGAAUUUAUUUGCAGCUGGUGUAGACACUUCUGCUAUUACUGUGAAUUGGGCAAUGGCAGAGCUUGCAAGAAAUCCAAGAGUGAUGAAGAAAGUGCAAGAUGAAAUAAGAAAUCAGGUUGGAAAGAAAGGAAGAUUGACUGAAGAUGAUAUUGAUAAGCUUGAAUACCUCAAGAUGGUAAUAAAAGAGACUUUCAGAUUGCAUCCUGCAGCCCCACUACUACUUCCAAGAGAAACCAUUUCUCACUGUAAAAUCAGUGGCUAUGAUAUUUAUCCUAAAACCAUCAUCCAAGUUAAUGCAUGGGCAAUUGGGCGCGAUCCUCAGUACUGGAAGGACCCAGAACAGUUCUUUCCUGAAAGAUUUGCUGAUAGCUCCAUUGACUUUAAGGGACAAAAUUUUGAGUUUUUGCCAUUUGGAGCUGGUAGAAGAAUUUGUCCUGGAAUACAUAUGGCAACAAUAACAACAGAGAAUAUACUUGCAAAUCUUCUGUAUUGGUUCGAUUGGAAACUGCCCAAUGGGAUGAAGAGAGAAGACAUUAACAUGGAAGAGAAAGCUGGUGUUAGUCUUACCGUCUCUAAAAAGAUAUCACUUAGCCUUGUGCCUGUGAAGUACCUUCAGUAAUUGUAACAAGAUAACAUAAGCUGAAAAGCAUGCUAAAGGUUUGUACUUUCUUGCAAAAACACUAAGUCCAGUCUUUGUUUUCUUUGCUCAAAUAUUGCAAUAAAAUAUGUGCCAUGUGAAAUCCA